AUGGUCUACUCAUCAGAUACAGGAGGAUGGACUUUAACAGAGCACAAUGAUUUCAGUACAUAUUCAAUUAGUUAUUUUGAAAGCACCUUCCUGAAUAACACUAUGCAUUUCCCUACUCGUUAUUCGGAAAUAGUCACAGUGGAUAUGGAAAGGAAAGAUUGGAGGAAAAUUAAAAUGCCACGUGGCAUGACAAAUGAAUAUGGCGAUGUUUCCAUUGGGAAGUCCCAGGGACGCUUGUUUGCUUGGCAUAUAAAGGAUCAAGGUGAUUAUCAACUCUCUAUUUGGGUUCUUGAAAAUUAUGACAGCGGAAAGUGGACCUUAAAGUGUACUGUUAGCUGUUCCAAACUGUUUGGAACGGAUUGUCGCGAAAAUUACGAGUCCUACUCCAUGUUCGCAAUUCAUCCAGAAUGUAAUUUGAUUUUCCUUACUGACAAUAAGAAGAAGACAUUGUCAUAUGAUAUGGAUAAUCAGGAAGUGCAUAUUAUCUGUGCUACUGGAGAUUUCUUGGAAGGUCUACCUUACACUCCCUCUUUUGUGGAAUGGACAUCAGAUGGUCACUAA